AUGAGUGGAAAUGAUGACAAAAUUGAUUACUAUGAGAUUCUUGGGGUUGAUAAGAAUGCUACUGAGCAGCAGAUCAAAAAUAACUACAAGAAACUGGCACUUAAAUUCCAUCCUGAUCGAAAUCCUGGUGACCACAAUGCAGCUGAGCAGUUUAAAAAAAUGUCCAUCGCAUACGCAGUAUUAUCAGAUCCAAACAAGAGACGUCAAUAUGAUUUAAGUGGUCCUUCUGGUGCUCUUGUCGAUUUUGAGGGAUUAGAUAUCAGUGAAAUGGGAGGACUUGGUAUGAUUCGUUCUUAA